CAAAGUCGUCGGCGCAUUCCACGCGUGUGUGGACGGCAAGGAAAGCAAAAAAUGUUUGUCUCUUUUUUUUUUUGAAUGGCGUAUAUUGAUAGCAUACGCUUUAGCGGUAACAAAACAGUCAAGUUCAUGAACAUUGGUUAAGAAAUGAGAAAGUUACGACUAAAUUGUAGUGUUUUGUAUUGCAUUAUACGGGAACGACGACCUUCCCAACAUGGCCGCCACUAGGCACGUUGGUUCGCCGGACUGCUGCGACGGCGCGCUGUCGUAUGGAGUCUUCCUAUCUAUGGACGACACUCGUCUCGACCGUAACCACACGCUGCACGAAAAAGUCCCGAAUUUGGACCGAACGUGCUGAAUCCCACGCGAAAAUGUGCGCGAGGAGGACGGCGGCGUACGAGGAGGAACUUCGGGGCCCGAAAGAGGAGGAGGAGCCAAAAGGUCAACGACCGGACGCCGCGUUCGAUCUGCGGCCUCCAACUGCGCCGCGCAGAGCAGACAUCACUGAGGAUCUUCGUCCUGAGCGGCAGGAGCCAGAGCCCCCUCGCAUUAAAGAGGAAGUGGAGGACGAAGUGGUCCACCACAUCAAAGAAGAAGAGACAUCGGAGCCCACUCCCAUUAAAAAAGAGGAUGCGGAAGAGCACCCCCAUAGCAAACGUGAAGCAGAGGAGGACAACACCAAGUUUCCAUGGACUGGUGUCCCUUUGAAGAGUGAAGAUGAAGGCCAAAGUGAGGAGAGCGGAGGGGCGGAGCCACCAAGCAGCAGCUCAAGUCAACACAUGACGACAGAAGGUGAUGGAGACCCCUGCGGAGGAUCACAACCAGACGGACUCUUUGCUCCACUAUCAGAUAGUGACGACAUGACGUCGCACUCUACUCACACUGAUGAUGAUGAUGAAGAUGAUGAACAGUCGGAAGGUGAUCUGACAUGUCACGCUGACAACAAACAAUGGAAAUGUUCUCAGUGUGGGAAAACAUUUGCUUAUAAGAGCAUUUUGAAACAACAUGUGAGAACCCACACUGGAGAAAAGCCUUUUGCCUGCUCAGUUUGUGGUCUAAGAUUCUCGAGGAAGGAAAGCUUAAAAAGACACACAAGAACCCACACUGGCGAGAAACCUUUUUCCUGCUCAGUUUGCGGUCAAAGAUUCUCUGAAACGGGACACUUAAAAAUACACACAAGAACCCACACUGGCGAGAAACCUUUUUCCUGCUCAGUUUGCGGUCUAAGAUUCUCUGAAACGGGACACUUAAAAAGACACACAAGAACCCACACUGGCGAGAAACCUUUUUCCUGCUCAGUUUGCGGUCAAAGAUUCUCUGAAACGGGACACUUAAAAUUACACACAAGAACCCACACUGGUGAGAAACCUUUUUCUUGUUCAGUUUGCAGUAAAAGAUUCACCCGGAAGGGAGAUUUAAAAAUGCACACGAGAACCCACACUGGCGAGAAACCCUUUUCCUGCUCAGAUUGUGGCCAAAGAUUCUCUAUGAAGGGACACUUAAAAUUACACACAAGAACACACACUGGUGAGAAACCUUUUUCUUGUUCAUUUUGCAGUAAAAGAUUCACUCAGAAGGGACAGUUAAAAAGACACACCAGAACCCACACUGGCGAAAAACCUUUUUCCUGCUCAGAUUGUGGCCAAAGAUUCUCUAUGAAGGGACACUUAAAAAUACACACGAGAACCCACACUGGUGAGAAACCUUUUUCUUGUUCAUUUUGCAGUAAAAGAUUCAUUCAGAAGGGAGAUUUAAAAAAACACACCAGAACCCACACUGGUGAGAAACCUUUUUCCUGCACAGUGUGUGGGAGAACAUUCACUCAGAAGACAUACUUAAAAAGACAUACAAAAAGCCACACUGGUGACAAACCGUUUUCCUGUUCAGUUUGUGGUCAAAGUUUCUCUGUGAAAGGAAACUUAAAAAAACACACAAGAACCCACACUGGUGAGAAACCUUUUUCUUGCUCUGAUUGUGGCCAAAGAUUUUCUGAAAAGGGAAGCUUAAAAAAACACACAAGGACACACACUGGUGAGAAACCUUUUUCCUGCACAGUUUGUGGUCAAAGAUUCUCUGUCAAGGGGAGCUUAAAAAUACACACAAGAACGCACACUGGUGAAAAACCUUUUGCCUGCUCAGUUUGUGGCCAAAGAUUCUGUGUGAAGGAAAGCUUAAAAUUCCACACAAGAACCCACACUGGAGAGAAACCUUUUCCCUGCUCAGUUUGUGGUAAAAGAUUCAGUCACAAGGGAGUUUUAAAAAUACACACACGAACCCACACUGGUGAGAAACCUUUUUCCUGCACAGUUUGUGGUCAAAGAUUCUCUGAAAAGGGAAAUUUAAUAAAACACACAAGAAUCCACACUGGAGAGAAACCUUUUUCCUGUUCAGUUUGCGGUCAAAAAUUCACUCAGAAGGGAAACUUAACAGAACACACAAGAACCCACACGGGUGAGAAACCUUUUUCCUGCACAGUUUGUGGUCAAAGAUUCUCUGUGAAGGGACACUUAAAAAUACACACAACAAGCCACACUGGCGAGAAACCUUUUUCCUGCUCAGAUUGUGGCCGAAGAUUCACUCGGAAGGGACACUUAAAAAGACACACAAGAACACACACUGGUGAGAAACCGUUUUCCUGCUCAGUUUGUGGCCAAAGAUUCUCUUAUAAGGAUCAGGCUAAGACACACAAGUGUCCUGGUGAGAAUAAAAGUGAUCAAGAUGCUUUUAAUGAAAAUGUCAACGUUGAAUCUAAAAAGUAAUGACUAUGUUACUGAUUUACAAAAAUCGAGCUUCUUGUAUUCUGUGUACCAGAUUGUAUUCUAUCUUCUUCUUGUUCAUAUAUUUUCUAAAAGCCUCCAGCAGGCUAGUGUUGAAAAUUAGCACUGGUGCCAAAAUACUAGUUAAAGGUGAGAACAUGGGCACUAAUUCCAUAGUUCUGGACUCAUAAAUGAGGUCUUCAGAAAACGAGCCCUCCAAAAUAGACUCAGUAGUAAUUUUAGAAUCACUUUCUGAUUAAAUAUUUAAUUUUCAGCCAUAUUAUGUCACAUGACACAUCACGAGCGGGAGCCAAUUACAUUUCCUCAUUGAACUUCUGUUUUCUAUGGUGUCAUUUUUGUCCAUGUUGAAAGUCUGGGUGAAUGUUUUCGAACAGUAAUGAAUGAAAAUGCUGAUAGUGAAAUACGUCGGAAGGCUUGUAGACGAGUGAAGAACCAAGAGAGCAGAAAUAACACGAAAGCGAGAGAAGGCGGGAGUCAGGGGUUAAGUGCCCCGGGGGCGUGACAAAGAGGACCAGACAAGACCACACCCAUCAGUUUGAAUCUCGUCUAUAAUUAUUGAUAAGUGUGGUGUAAAGAUCAUAUCUUAAUUCUCAAAAUCUCGUAAUUGCGCUUGUAGAGUUGACACAGUGACACAGACAUCCAGGCGUACAUUUGGAAUAAUUCUGCAGAGUUCGUCAAAUAUCAAAACAGACAUUUAUCCUCGGUUAAACAUCAAAUGAGAGCUAACGGGUUGCGGUUGCUCUCGACGCCGGCGGGUGUCGCCUUGUCCCAGCAUGUGUUCCGAUUUAGAGACAGGUGGUCCGGUGGAAAUAUCCGGGGGCCUUUGAUGCUUGGGAGUUCAGACUUGGAGGGUAGAUGUCAAUUAGUUUAGGGUCCACGAGGGGUCUCCUCGGGGCAGUCGCUCAAUUUUGAAUUGAUUGCACCACAGAUGUAUCGUAUGUGUGUGUGUAUAUAUAUAUAAAUGUACGAAUAGAUCACAAAGGCCUUUCUGUAGGUGGCAUUUUGUGACAGACGUGGACUUUGGGCGGCUGUCGUGACAUCGGAUGAUCGGUCUCCCGGCCGAACGUGUUACGUCGCUUUAUGUCUUGAAAUUGCAGUUGAACUGAUUUGAUCUCAUCCAUAUAAUCUAAAAAAAAAUGGACUGAUUGCUGUCAUAUUUUCAGAGGUCGAAGCUGCCAAGAGUAAAGAUGUCCGCAGAAAUGAUGGUGAUGAUUGUUGACAGUUUUUGGGUAUUACAUAAAUCAGAAUCAGAAUCAUCUUUAUUGUUUUAGUGAUGUCAAUAUCAAAUAAGUGAGUGAUUGAUUGAAAUAAGACUUAAAAGAAACUUUGACUCUUGGUGGUGAACUGCAAAGUGUAUUUGUAAUCCUUAUUAAAAUACACUCAUUUAAACAGUGACGGUGAUUCGAUUUGCUUGUGUAUCAAAUAAAUGUCCCCCAUUAAAAAGAAGUGAAAUGUCUUUCAUCCAUUGGAAACCCUCCAAAGCAAAAAAUGGCCCAAACGACGAGGCCUAAGUGGAAAGACUGCAAAUUAGGUCACAAGCAGACGGCCUCUUUGCUCCGCCAUCAGACAGUGACGACAUGACGUCGCACUCUCCUCACACUGAUGAAGAUGAUGAUGAUAAAAAGUCUGAAGGGGAUAUGACAUGUCACACUGACAACAAACGAUGGAAAUGUUCUCAGUCUGGGGAAAGCAAAGCACACAUGAGACGACACUGGAGACAAAGCUUUUGCCUGUUCAGAUUGCGGUCAAAGAUUCUCGACUAAAUAUUGCCUUUUCGUGCUAAACUGAUAAUAAUAAAAUACACUUCUUCUUC